UUUCAACUCGAUAUUGGAUAAUUAACCGUACACCCAUAUCCAAGAUUACCUUCUAUCCAAUAUUUGAUGUCCUCCAAGGCUGGUAAAGAAACCAAGUAAGUACUCGCAGCACCAUAACAAAAAUCUCUUCCUCUUCUAAAUCAUCCUCCGCGUCUUCGUUUGCUCAGCCAUUUCCGCCUUCCAAUCUCCUCCAUCAGAACCGCAAGCCUUCAACCAUGGAAGAGGUCUGGAAAGACAUCAAUCUUGCUUCUCUUCAUGAUCACUCUUCCGGCGAUCAAGACAUCGCUGUCGCUCCCACUCGCCAUAAUCAGCAUCGCAACCCUAACUUUAUUCUUCAAGACUUCUUUGCUAGACCCUUUAGCAAAGAUCCACAAACGAGAAGAGUGUCUGCUCAUGCUCAAGGAGAUCCUGCUCUAUAUGGCUCUCCUGUGCCACCGCCUGCUACUGUUCUCAGCUUAAACACAGGUCCUGGGUUCGAUUUUCUUGACAACUCUGAUUAUCCACUUAGGCCUACCUCGCAUUUGCCCAGCCAUCCUGUUUCCUCUUUUAAUAGUCCUUUCGAGGCUUUGGAUUCAUCUUCUUUUAGCAAAAAAAGAGUUCAAGAAUCUGAUAACAGUUCCUGCGAUCGCCGGCAUAAGCGUAUGAUCAAGAACCGAGAAUCAGCAGCUCGAUCGAGAGCUAGAAAACAGGCUUAUACAAAUGAGCUAGAGCUCGCAAUAGAACAUCUAAUGGAAGAAAAUGCGAGGCUCAAGAGACAGCAAGAGGAGUUACUAUUAGCUGCUUCCACUCAGCAUCCCAAAAAGCACACUCUCCAUCGAACGUCAACGGCUCCAUUUUGAGUAGUGUUAGUGCUUUGGUUUUACCCAAUCCGUGUCUCUUACCUAUCACAGUUGAGUUUCCUUCCUUUUGGGGUGUGAGAGAGAGAGAGACAGAGAGAGAAUGCGUAUGGAUUGUUGUUUAUGAAUGUUUUUGUGAUGAAAGGGAUGGAUGUAAGCAAAGCAAGUGUAGCAAAGUGAGUAAAGUUUCCUAAUUCAAAGGAGUGUUUGCAAAAACAUCCUUAACAGUCAGGAGCAUGUGGUGGGUCUUUGGUUUCCCUUUAGUAUCUAUCUCUAUCUUCCUUUGUACGAAUCAUGAUAAUUGCAAAGAUAAAAAGGAAUCGAGUUCUUCUUUUUGGAGGGCAAAUUAUGUAUAAGGAGGAGAAAUGCACAGUGAAAGUAAAGAUAAGACAUUUGGUUCCUUA